AUGUGCGGACUGUCUAAUCUCCUCUCAAGCGCCGAUGUUCGCGGGAGCUACCACACUACCGGCAUUGUUCGGAUUUUGAGGCAUACUGCCACUAUCCCUCGCCAUCCCUCGCCACCAGAUCGUAGUGCCUUGCCCGUGCAGCGAUGGCGACGACAGCGCCUCGUUGAGCGCAGGCAGGUUGACAGGCUGCAUGGUCUUCGUGCAGUUUCGUCGAUUCUGACAUAUGUUCAAGUCGAGGUCAAUCUUGGCUCAACGGACAGACUCAAGCCUCUCAACACUCAAGUAUAUCAAUGUUCCAACUACUGUUUCCCGUUGGCGCCAACUUCCACGCUAUCGCAGCCCGUGGAGCACCUGCUGGCCUCAUUUCAUCUGUCUGUCUAUUGGUUUGCGAGGGGCCAGACGGGGAGAGCGAGGUCGAUGGCGGGUUCCGCUUACCAUCUGGCCAUCACUUGUGUCUGCACGAACGUUAACCUCUUGAACUUCCUAUGGUGCUCCUGGGCCCCACUUCAGGUGAUUCGUGCUUCCAUUCCGAUCCCGGAUGCGGGGCCCGUCGCAGAUACUACCAGACCCCUUGUACCAGACACAACCGCGAAGGAGCUCCAAGGCUUCGCGACCCGCCACCUGUCCGAGAUCAUGCUCACUAUAAACAUCCGAGAGCCAUUUUACUUGCCCCUCGAGACAGAAGGGCUUGAACAGGAUAUUCUGCUCUCAAUUAUAGAUCCCCCGCUUCCCGCGGCGGGACCUCCUCAUGAUCACUUCCCAACGCAAGUCCCCUUGGCGGUUCUCCAUGACCACGACGAGUUCCUGCCCGAACUGCAUAAUCAGCUAACACAUCUCUGA